CUCUCAUAUCAUGUAGAACUUCCACACGUGCACAUGACGGUAACCAUGGUAUUGCCCUGUUGCCUAGUUCUUAUCUAGCACGCAAUAUAAUUUAAAUUACCUCAUAAAAUCUCUCAACUAGUCUGGAGCGACAGAAAAGCAAGGCAAGGGUUGCAGAGGACUUAAGGUCUCACACAUGUGCACAUACUAAAAAGAAGAAUGGCUAUGAAGUCUGUGUCUGUGGCCAUGGAGGAGAAUGGCUAUAGUACCAGUAGACCUAAAGGGUCUACUGUCAGCUUCCACAACAUCAACUACAGUGUAAAGGAGAGCAGAGGACUGUUAUGCAAGAGGAAGAACACCACCAAAGACAUUCUCAUUGACCUCAAUGGGAUGAUGAGACCGGGCCUCAAUGCCAUUUUAGGAGCUACAGGCAGUGGCAAAUCCUCCUUCUUAGAUGUGCUGGCGGCCCGGAAGGAUCCAUCAGGUCUGACUGGAGAGGUGCUCAUUGACGGAGCUCCUCAACCCCCCAACUUCAAGUGCCUCUCCGGAUAUGUGGUCCAGGAUGACGUUGUGAUGGGAACACUGACAGUACGAGAGAACUUCCGAUUCUCUGCGGAACUUCGGUUGCCCGCCAGUAUCAGCUCCAAGGAGAAAGAACAGCGGGUGGACAAUCUCAUCAAAGAACUGGGCUUAGAGAAAGUGGGCAACUCAAGGGUGGGAACUCAGUUGAUCAGAGGGAUCUCUGGAGGUGAACGCAAGCGCACUAAUAUUGGCAUGGAGCUUCUGAUUGACCCGAGUGUCCUCUUCCUGGACGAACCCACCACAGGCCUUGAUGCAAGCACUGCGAAUUCAGUGCUAGCGCUACUUAAAAAGAUGGCCAAUAACGGCCGAACCAUCAUCCUGUCCAUCCACCAGCCUCGUUUCUCCAUCUUCCGCGUCUUUGACCAUCUCACUCUGUUGGUGGCAGGUCGACAGGUUUACCACGGCAAUGCCAAUAGCGCACUUCAGUACUUCAAAGACAUUGGUUAUGAAUGUGAGCCGCAUAACAACCCAGCUGAUUUUUUCCUUGACGUCAUAAAUGGGGAUGCUACCAAUCAGAAAACGGCAAAGGGCUCAGCGGAUACAGAUGGACAAAGCUCAUCUGUAGAGCAACACCUGGUGGAGGAAUACAAGAAAAGUGCCGACUUCCGCGAGACACAACAGGAGUUGCAACGCAUCACUCAGGGUCGAAGCGCUGAACGUACCACUGUACGCACUAUCACCUACAACACCUCCUUCUGCCACCAGUUCAAAUGGGUCCUCAAGAGAACGUUCAAGAACCUCAUGCUCAACCCUCAGACUUCUUUUGCUCAGGUUGGAGUAACUAUAUUCUUGGCAUUAAUUGUGGGAGCCAUUUUCUUUGAUGUCAAAGAUGAUCAGAGUGGAAUUCAGAACAGAAUGGGGGCUCUUUUCUUCAUCACAACAAAUCAGUGUUUUUCUGCACUCUCGUCAGCCGAACUCUUCAUCACAGAGCGUAAACUGUUCAUACAUGAGUAUAUCAGUGGCUACUACCGUGUGUCUGUCUACUUCUUGUGCAAGAUCCUGUCUGACAUCAUCACACUGCGUACAGUACCAGCCAUCACAUUCAGCCUUGUGGCCUACUUUAUGAUAGGCUUCAAACCCACUGCCGAUGCAUUCUUCGUGUUUAUGCUCACGGUGGCAUUAGUUGCUUACACAGCAACUGCGAUGACUAUGGCUAUCUCUGCGGACCAGACCGUGGUUGCUAUUGCCAACAUCUUCAUGACCAUCGCUUUUGUUUUCAUGAUGAUCUUCUCAGGACUGCUGGUUAAUCUACCCAGCAUUGCAGUCUGGCUCUCCUGGUUGAGAUAUCUCAGUAUUCCUCGCUAUGGCCUCACUGCUCUUCAGGUUAAUGAGUUCUCAGGUUUGAAAUUCUGUCCAUCAAUACCCAGUAAUGGCACCCUCCCACCAGGUGUUUCGUGUACUGGGGAAGAAUUUCUCGACAAUCAAGGCAUUAAUUAUUCAACUUGGGGUCUUUGGGAGAAUCAUGUUGCCCUUACAAUAAUGACUAUAAUUUUCUUGGGUAUUGCCUAUCUGAAACUUCGUUUUAUCAAGAAAUUUACAUAAGAAAAGAGCAACCUCAAAUUAGCUGUACCCACACUGUUUACUGGCUACCAAUCAUUUUU